GCCAUCAUCAAAGCCAUGACCUUCCUUCCAACUGUUUCAAAGAAAAAAAAGAGACACAGAUAGACUGAGCGACGACACCGGCGACAUCUCCGGCGGCGGGCGACGCGAGGCGAUGGCGGGCCGCCGCUCCCGCUCCCCCUCGCUCUCCUCCUCCCCGUCCUCCCGCUCCCUCUCCUCCUUCUCCUCGGUCUCCUCCCCGUCCCGCAGCCGCUCCCCUCCCGACCGCGGCCGCCGCAGGUCAGCCAGCCGCGCCGCCGGAACUCCCCCACCCGCCCCCCCCGUCGGUCUCUCAUUGCUUGCUCUGUUUCCUCGCAGCUCGUCCGCCGCGCGGAGGGGCCGCUCGCCGCCGCCGCCGCGAGAGGGGGCCAAGGGAGGCCGGUCGACCUCUCCUUCGCCGCCGCCCAAGAAACCCUCGCCUCCCCCUCCGGCACCGAGGAAGCCCUCCCCUGCUCCGGUCCCCGACGAGUCGUCGCUCGUCCUCCUCGUCAGCCGCCUCUCCCGCAAUGUCACCGAGGGCCAUCUCAGGGAGAUCUUCGAGAACUAUGGCGAAGUCGUCAAUGUGGAGCUGUCCAUGGAUAAGGCGGUCAAUCUGCCUCGUGGGUACGGAUACGUUGAGUUCAAGAUGAGAGCUGAUGCCGAGAAGGCGCUUCUUUACAUGGAUGGUGCUCAAAUUGAUGGGAAUGUUGUUAAAGUGAAAUUCGCACCUGCACCGGGCCAAAAAGCUGCUGUUUCUUUGCCGAAGGCUCUUCCCCAUCCCCCCAAAAGAGAUGUGCCUGAGACUGAUACACUUGUUCCUAAUGCUGAGAAGGCCACUCAGCAGCGACCCAGGGAAUCAUCUACUCAAAGGAAACCAGCUCAGUCUCCACAAAGGCGACCUGCUCCAGGCGGAAGGGUUGACUCACCUAGGCGGCGCCCUGAUUCACCACCAAUUCACCCCUGGAAAGAUCCUCCUCCAUUCAGGCGUGGCAGAACACCUCCUAGCCUGAGACCAGGAUAUCCAGUUCGAAGACGGUCUCCCUCUCCACCCCCUCGAAGGUUCAGAUCACCAAGGCGCUUUUCACCCAGAAGAGGUUAUGUUAGUCCAGUCCGAAGACGUUCUCCGUUCGCUCCUAGAAGGAUGACACCUCCAAUGCGGAUGAGAAGUCCUCCCAGAAGGCUGCCACCUCCUUAUCGUCGUAGUAGAUCUCCCAUUCGUCGACCAAUUCGCUCCCUUUCCAGAUCAAUUUCUCCUGUCAGGGGUCGAGCCGCUCCUGUGAGGCGUGGGCGGUCAUCCUCGUCAUUUUCUGAAUCACCAACGCCGCCAAGAAGGGGAGCCGGAAGGGUACUGAGAAGUCGCAGCCCUCAAAGGUAGUCACCUUUGCCUUUCCAAGUCGUCCUUUAGAGGGAGACGGAGAAGUGCCUCUAGCUUCAGCAAUAGUAGUGGUUCGUCCUCCCCUAUCCGCCGUUAGAACUCCCGACAUGUUGAACCCCUGGUAGGUAAAAUCUUCUUUGUCUCGUCGUCCUUUUAUCUCUGAUGAUCUGGUUUGCCUCUGCUGCUGUCAUCAAGCUUCAGAUCGGGUCAGAUAUCGUUGGAACGAGCAUGCGAGUCUCUGUCUGAGAUCUUCGAAGAGUUGGCUUUCGUUCUGUAGUGGAUUAGAGCACAUUAAUCGGUUUUCUCGUUGUGAAUUUUCGAUCCAUGAGACCUCGAUAUUUAUGUUGGUCAAUUUAAUUUUAUGAAAUUGCCGUGCCCACCAAAAGAACGUUGUUUGUGGAUUCA